GUUCUUCCAGGGCCACGCAAUUUCCUACUUCCUGGUUAAAGAUGGCGGAUGAGAAUGAGACAGCACCGAAGACGGAGAACGAAGUAGGAAUAGAAGAAGACCAUGGACACUGCAGUGACUGCGAAAAUGAAGAACAUCACUUUGAUGAUGGGGAGAAAGGGGACAGUGGAGCUAAAAAGAAGAAAAAGAAACAGAGGAAGAAGAAGGACAAGUCUGGAGCCAAGGAAGUUGUGCAGGACCCCCUGGCAAAGGUGAACUCGCUCCCUGCAGAUAAACUGCAAGAGAUACAGAAAGCCAUCGAGCUCUUUUCCGUAGGCCAAGGUCCUGCCAAAACUAUGGAGGAGGCAAGUCGUCGAAGCUACCAGUUUUGGGACACGCAGCCUGUCCCCAAACUAGGGGAGGUGGUGACGUCGCAUGGCUCCAUCGAGCCAGACAAGGACCAGAUUCGAGAGGAGCCUUACAGCCUUCCUCAAGGCUUCAGCUGGGAUGCUCUAGAUCUGGGAAACCCUGCUGUGUUGAAGGAGCUCUACACCCUUUUGAAUGAGAACUACGUUGAGGAUGAUGACAACAUGUUCCGCUUUGACUACUCCCCUGACUUCCUGCUCUGGGCUCUCCGACCGCCAGGUUGGCUGCCCCAGUGGCAUUGUGGAGUGAGGGUGGACUCGAACCAGAAGCUUGUGGGCUUCAUCAGUGCCAUCCCAGCCAAUAUCCGCAUCUAUGAGAAUGAGAAGAAGAUGGUGGAGAUCAACUUCCUCUGUGUCCACAAGAAGUUGCGUGCCAAGCGUGUGGCCCCUGUGCUGAUCCGUGAGAUCACCAGAAGGGUCAACCAGCAGGGCAUGUUUCAGGCUGUCUACACUGCAGGGGUGGUUCUACCCAAACCUGUAGGAACUUGCAGGUACUGGCACCGAUCUCUAAACCCCCGGAAGCUGAUCGAAGUGAAGUUUUCGCACUUGAGCCGGAACAUGACAAUGCAACGCACCAUGAAACUGUAUCGUCUGCCAGACGCUCCCAAGAACUCCGGUCUGCGCCCCAUGACGAAAAAAGAUGUCCCUGCAGUCCACCGGCUGCUGCUGGAAUACCUGAGUCAGUUUCAUCUGGCUCCUGUCAUGAGCCCGGAUGAGGUGGAGCACUGGCUACUGCCAAAAGAGAACAUCAUUGACACCUUCGUUGUGGAGAACUCUGAGGGGAAGGUGACUGACUUCCUCAGCUUUUACACAUUGCCCUCCACCAUCAUGAACCAUCCGGUACACAGGAGUCUGAAGGCUGCCUACUCCUUCUACAACGUGCACACCACCACAACUCUGCUUGACCUGAUGGGAGAUGCGCUCAUUCUCGCCAAGUCGAAAGGGUUUGAUGUCUUCAACGCACUGGAUCUUAUGGAGAAUAAGACCUUCCUGGAGAAGCUGAAGUUUGGCAUUGGAGAUGGGAAUCUGCAGUACUAUCUGUACAAUUGGAAGUGCCCCAGCAUGGCCGCUGAGAAGGUUGGCUUGGUACUGCAGUGACCUCUCCCAUCCUGGGCCUCCACCCCCUUACUGUGACAUCCACAGUGACCACCAGAGCGACGCUACAGAUGGACUUCCUGCUUUAGGAACGAGCAGCCACCACCGCCCACUUUUACUUUUUGAACUUUGACCCCAGAACCUGCACUACUGCCGCCAGGCAGACAGUUGAAAGCUGGGGAAGGCAGGGGUGUCUCCUCUUUCCUCUCUUUUCUUUCUUUCUCUCCCUUUCUUUCUCUCUCAAAUUCUUUCCUCGUCUUGGGACUUUUCUAUUUCUCUCUCUCUUGCUAUACGCAUGGACCUGAAGCCAUUGUAAUUACCAUCAUUGGACUACGCUAACAUCUUAAGUCUGUAACGAUUGUAACACUCAGUGCACGCACACAAACACACUCACACUGUACACACACACACACACACACACACUGUUCAAGUCACCAUCAACAGCCCAUACACUUGGAUCUGAACAGUCAUGUAAUUCUGACAUAAAUGUUAUGCUACACCUAAUCUCUAACAUGCAUAAACACACAGAAAAGAAAACAUCCUACCUAAAUAAAGGAAGAUGCUUUUGCAAAAAAAAAGGAUGGAAAAAAAGAAAAACAAGGAAGUGUGAGAACUUCUUGUCAUUUUUCCUCCAUACAAGCAUUAGAGGAAAACAAUCAAGAAAACAAAACAAAAAAAAGA